GCGGUGAAAGUCGUUGUAAUAGUAAAGAUUUUAAUUAGAAUUACGUGUCACACAAAAUGAUAAUAGGAUUAAUAGGCUCCUUGGAGGAGCUCAUAGAUCAAUACAAAAUCAAUGUAAUUCAAUUGAUUUUUAUCGUAUUCAUCGUCACGAUCGUCAUACUGGGCAGUCUAAUGACGCUAGUGGAGCCUCAUUUGCCCAACAGUAUCCGACAGUCGUUUCGGUAUGGCAAGCACAGUUUUAAGGGUGAAAGCGACGCCCUCGUCAAUCAUCUUGAGGUCCCAAAGGCAUGGUUCAGUCAUUUCUACAUAUUCGCUUUUGGUUGGUCAAUGCUGUCGCUUUAUUUCAUCAUCAGUACGAUUAUAACUCAAAAGGUGGCACCUGAGCUCGUGCUCCGAUUUCUGGAUUUUAUGUGCGGUGGUCGGAGUCAUCGUCAGGUGCAGGUCGACUCCAACACGGCACUGUUGGCGACCCUGCUGCUAAGCUUGCAGUGCGUGCGCCGCUUCUACGAGACAAACUUUGUGCAAAUCUUUUCCAAACGCAGCAAAAUGAAUCUUUCACACUAUGCCGUCGGAUAUGUGCAUUACUUUGGCGCCAUUACCUCAUUGUUGGCCAACACAGCGGGCUUUGUGCGCAACUCGAAGCCAGCUCCGUUCACGCUGAGCAAUGUGACGCCGCUCCAGGCGACCUACAUCCUCAUCUUUUUAUUCUCUUGGUAUCAACAAUAUAGCAGCAACAUGGUGCUAGUUAAUCUACGGAAGAAUGCCAAGACGGGAGCAGUCAAGACUGAAGAUCAUUUGAUGCCCACAAGUGGCUGGUUUAAUCUCAUCUCGUCGCCGCACAUGUUCUUCGAGAUGGUCAUGUACUACUGCCUGGCGGAUCUACUGACUCCCAUACGCACAUGGAAGCUUAUAUUUAUAUGGGUGGCCAGCAAUCAAACGAUCAAUGCUCUGCUUACGCAUCAGUGGUACAAGGCUAACUUCAAGGAUUACCCAGAGCAACGACAUGCAAUUAUUCCUUGGUUGCUGUAGAAGAAUUAGUUUAAGGUCUACAAUUCUAAUUUAGUAGUGGCAUUUAUUAUUAAACUUGUUUUACACACA